UUUCAGGUCUCCUUUGAUGGAGGGGAAAUCUACGCCAUGGCGGACUCCAUUCCUGUUGUUCGCCAGAUUGACAGACAGUUGUUGAACUGUGGGAUAUGCCUAGAGCGUUACAAGGCUCCAAAGGUCUUGCCCUGCUUGCACACUUUCUGCCAAAAGUGUCUGGCAAAUUACAUUCCAGCAGAGAGUCUUUCUGUAACUUGCCCUAUCUGUAGACAACAAUCAAUUUUACCACUGCAAGGUGUAUCAGCAUUACAGACAAACUUUUUCAUAACAAACCUCAUGGAGGUUGUUGAUCAGCCCAACAUAUGCCGAACCUGUAGUCGCGAGCAGGCAAGGCCGUCAACCAAAUGCAUGGACUGUGCUGAAUUUCUGUGUAACAGUUGUACCAGUAUUCACCAAGCAUUGGAUCAAACCAAAGAACAUAAUGUAGUAGCUUUGUCGGACAUUUCCCGGAGUUCUGAAACAGAGGUUGAUACAACGUUAGUGUGUCCCAAUCAUGAUGGUAAUGCUUUAAGAUUUUACUGUAUAGCCUGUGAAACAGCAGUGUGUGAGGACUGCACUGCUGUCGAACAUAUAGGUCAUAAAACGGUGCCACUUUUCGAUGCAAUCCAGGAACAAAAGAUUCUCCUGCAUACUCUCGUGUCUGGUGCCAGGGAACAAGUGCCAUGUUUAGAGGAAUCCAUUAAUCUGGUGAACGAUGUGGUGGGGUCUCUGGAUUUGGAGAAAAAUUCUGCGGAGGAAAAAAUACUCAGUGCUUUCGAGGAACUUGGUAACCUGUUACAAGUCCGGAAAACAGCUUUACUAGCUGAACUACAGACAAUUUACAAUCGCAAACAUCAAAUACUUUGUGAACAGAAAGAAACACUUGAAAGUAUCCAUAGUAAGAUAACAAACUGUUGUGACUUUACCGAGGAAACUUUGAAACAUGGGAGUGAAACAGAAAUCCUACUCAUCAAAACCGAAAUGUCUGAAAAACUGAAGGAGUUAGGUUCUUUGAAGCUCCAGUAUCAGCCAGAAGAAAAUGAAUGUCUAGUCUUUGAUCAUACUCAUUUUCAGACCCUGAGGAAGUCCCUGUCAAGUGUUGGUGCUGUCCAGACCAACAGUGCUGUAGCAUUUGAGACCACUGCAUCGGGAGAAGGACUGAAAAUGUGUCAUUCAGGGAAAGCCACAACUGUAACUGUGAUAUCUAAAGACAGAAAAGGAGAACUAGUCAAGGUAGGGUACGCCUCGCUGUCAGCAGAAAUCAGGGAUGAAGAUGACAUGGCCAUCAAUCCUUUUGUGAUGGACAAACAAAAUGGAUCCUAUGAGGUCACAUACACUGUAGAAAAAGUAGGCACAUAUUCCUUGGCAAUCAAACUCUAUGGUCAUCAUAUAAAAGGAUCACCUUUUAAAGUCAAGGCCAUUCUUGCAGGGGAAGAAAUUGACCAUUUUAAUAGCUCCAAAAUUCCAAGAACUUUGAAUGUGAAACAGAAAGGAACAAAGAGGCCACCAAGUUCAAGAUCACAUGGAUCAAACAGAAGAAGCAAUGCUAUAGAGGAUGAUCUGAUCAUGAGAGUUGGAGAGAAAGGCAGAAACAAAGGAGAGUUCACAAACCCACAGGGGUUACAUGUUAUCGGUGACAAAAUCAUUGUUGCGGAUAGUAACAAUCAAACUGUUCAAGUCUUCAAUUCCAAUGGAGAUUGCAAGCUGAAAUUUGGAUCCCCAGGUAGAGUUGCAGGAAGAAUGCAAAGACCCACUGGAGUUGCCUCCACUCUCAAUGGAAACUAUCUAAUUGCUGACUAUGACAACAAAUGGAUCAGUGUAUUUUCCCCUGAAGGAAAGUAUAUGAACAAGAUUGGCACAGGAAAACUUCUGGGACCCAAAGGAGUGGCAGUGGACAAGAAUGGCCACAUCAUUGUUGUGGACAACAAGGGUAGCACCAUCUUCAUUUUCCAACCCAAUGGUAAACUCAUCUCCAAAUUCGGCUCCAGAGGCAAUCGAGACUGGCAGUUUGCUGGUCCACAUUAUGUUGCCAUCAAUGCCAACAAUGACAUCAUUGUCUCAGAUUUCCACAACCACUGCAUCAAAGUGUUUGACAGUGAGGGGAAUUUCCUGUUUACCUUCGGUUCCAAUGGUGAGGGCAAUGGCCAGUUCAAUGCACCAACAGGGGUAUCUGUGGAUCAGAAAGGAAAUAUACUGGUGGCAGACUGGGGGAACUCCAGAAUACAGGUCUUUGACAGUAAUGGUUCCUUCCUGUCUUUUGUGAACACCGCGGCGGACCCUCUGUAUGGACCCCAGGGAUUGGCGGUGACCGGUGAGGGGUACGUCGCUGUGGCAGACUCGGGAAACCACUGCUUCAAAAUCUACAAAUACCUGCAGUAAAGGCCAAGGUCUUGCUGAACAAAAUUAAGCUGUAACAUCUGAUAAAAAAAUCUGAGUGCAAUAACUACAAUGUAUACAUUAGAAACGGGGAGGGGGGCAUUGAGUACUGUGGUGAUGUUAUUGAUUUUUUUUUACCAAGGGCUGACAGAUUCUGUAGGUUUAUACAACUGGGUAAAUGGGCAAGCUAAUAUUGCAGACACACUUGCCAGUGGGCAAGCAUUAAAGAAAAUAAUUCAUUGCUCUUUUCAAAGUACAUGUAAUUCUUUUUUUUUUCCACUGUGGAACACAGUUUCGUUGAAUUAUUGCACCUGAAUAAAUAUUUUUUAAGGUGACAAUCAAGAGGUUUUUGAUAAAAAAAAAAAAUUAAUUUUAUUGAAAAGAUAAAAUUGAAUGAAAUGAAUUGUUUUGAAUUUCUUUUUCAAAAGGAAAAUAAUAGGAAUGUAAUAUUUUUAACUUUCUUUUUGUGAUUUUAUAUAAUUUUAGGUAUUAGGCAGAUAUUUUACAAUAUUAAGAUAAGUGAAUCUAGACAGUGAUAGAUGCCUCAAAACUAUGUACCAUGUACAUUCAUAUGACUGCCCUUGUAAUAGUGUGUUCAGUUUCAGUUUGGUUAAGAACUGUUACAGUGGUAUAUUUGGUGUAACUUUGAAAUAUCUACUGUUUUAUGAAAAGAUUAAUGAUAUUAUGGUAAUAAUUAUUUGACUUUUUGCUAAUUGUGU